AUGGCUAAGGUGGAACAACCCAUAUUCAUAUUACCGAAGAAGCGAAAUGGGAAAAAGCAGAAUUCUAUUGCCAGUCAUGUAGAUCAUAUUAUAACUGUCCAGGGAGCUACAGAUGAAGUGCAGUCCAAAUAUAAAAAUGGACUAUCACCAGUCUCAGAACAUGUUGUGAAUGGCAUAAUACAUUCCACCAUGGAAGGUCUUAAAUCCAAUAUGAAAAUUAAUCUACCGAUAAUAAAUGAUGUCAAUGAUGAAGAUGGAAAUGAAAGCAAUGGAGAGUCAGACACUCAAAAUGGUGUUCAGAAGAAUGGCUAUCAAGCUCUUUCAACUAUUAACAGUAGCCGAGAAAUUAUAGACCUUUCUCCCAUUUAUGAAAAUUCUUCAGAUGCUUGUUCAAGCCAUGGAGAUUUAAGAGAAACUAAUGAAAGUGACAUGCAGAAAAGCUGCAAAGUGCUGAACUUGGACCAAAAUGAAAGCUCAUCUGCUACUCCAAAUAGUUUGUCCCAAACACAAUCUGAAAACAGCUUUGAAAUGGGCAACAUGACAGAUAGCCUGAAAAACAGUGCCAAAAAGAAAAAACGAGUAAAUAUUGUUCCUGGGAUAGUGGAGUCAGAAAACACUGAUACUGAAAUUACAGCUUUGCGUGUAGAAUCUGAAGGAUCUAUAUCCCCAGAAUGUUCUCUGGCAGAAAGCUGCAAAGAUGGCUACUUGACCAUGACUGGAACAAUCAAAAGAGGCAAGAAGAAAGGGCAAAAUGUUGAUGUGAAGUUGAACAUAUCUAGAGAAGAGCUGGAGAUUAUUGAGGCAGCUAUUGUUGCUGAAGAAUACAACAAAAUGGACAUAUCAAAAUGUUCUCCAUACAACGGCCCUCACAUAUUUAUCUUUAGCCUUAUUUGCAUACCUAUUGUGACAUGUAUUUCGGCCAUCUACUCAUUUUAUAUAGGUACAAUGGCUUGGUAUAAUAUUUUCUCACAUGUUACCGAGAAUGUAAGCUGCAUCAAAAAAGUAGUGCUUUCUCCAAUUGUCAUUUUGUCUUACCCCUUUCUCAUAGUCCUGUUCACCGUCGGUGUUGGGCUGUAUGCUGGCAUAGUCCAACUUACAUUCAGUGCUGCUAACUGGUGGAAAGAUGUAUGUGACUUUGAGAAGGGGUUUUAUGGUUGGCUUUGUAACACAUUGGGAUUGUCUGAAUGUAGCCCUUAUGAAGUAGUGGUCCUGGUAGAUGUAAAGCCUUGA